UUUUACUUAAAUAAGGUUUUUCCAAAAUAGUGGUACUUUUGUCAUUGUCAUCAAUUGUUGAAAUGGAUUUUUUGUAGUGCAGCAGCAUGUUAAAGAAAGAACAGGCUCUAAAAUAUAAAUGAGAUACGUCUUUUAUGUUGAGAUAUUGUUUUUCAUUUUAGAUUUAAAACUUUAAACCCUCAAAUGAAACCGAUGUUGGUGACGACAAAGAAAUCUUGAUGGUGAAUAAAAUAAGUAACAUAAUGAUAAAUACCUGCUGUUGUUAAUGGGAAAACUGCUUCACUCCAUGUAAACACCGAUGCUCUGAUUCCCAUCACAUUCCUGUUACUGGUGUCUUCAUCAUUGACCUACAUGUAUUGUCGUUGUCCGAUUCUGACAUCUAGCGUUAAUCUGAGGUAACAGCAGGGGGGCGGAGUUCUCGUUAAUUCUCCACCAGGAUCAGAUCGCACGAGAGGAGGAGAACAUCGCUGCUGCUGCUGCAAAGAGAAAGAAUCAUUUCUACUCCUCUGCUGUGUACAGACACGACAACAUGUCGUUCUGUCAGUUCUUUGGUGCUGAGAUCUACAAGGAUCAUUUCAAACCAGGAAUGUACGUGUGCUCCAAGUGUCACCAUCCCCUGUUCUCCAGUCGCUCCAAGUUCCCCCACUCGUCUCCCUGGCCGGCUUUCAACGACACCAUCAGGGAGGACAGUGUCACCAAGAUGAUGGAGACGCUCACAGCCUUCAAGGUCCUGUGCGGCAAGUGUGGCAACGGGCUGGGCCACGAGUUUGUGAAUGACGGUCCAGAGGAGGGAGUGUCGCGCUUUUGAAUAUUCAGCCACUCGCUCAAGUUUGUCCCCGGCAAAGGCAAAGACAAACAGUAAAGCGAGAGGUCCGUUUUAACCACAGCUGCUGAAUCUGCUGCUCGGUCCUGGACCACGUGAACGUGUCUGGUCAGCGGGUGACGCAGACGGGAGAAAGGCCCGAGAGGGACGUCCUGUCUGCUGAAGAAUCUUUGACCAGACUCUGACACGGGGACCAGGACACACCGCUGCAAUAAUCCUUCCCUUAAGAUUUGUCACACUCUUUGAAUACCUCGUGUUUAAAUACACAUUUAACUCAUUGAAUAUUAUGAUGAUGUCACUGUUGAUGACAUGUAUUAUAGGCGAAUGUCAUUGUAGCAAGAAAUUUGGUUUUUCAUCAGCUUUUAAGCAGUUUUCCAUAAACCAGUCAUUGCUGCCAUGAUUUUCACAGAAUUUCACAUUGUAUCAUUUACUCCUCAAAGGUAAAUACACACAUAUUAUCUAUGCACUGAUAACAUUUCUAAUUAGUCUGUACUUUUGGUUUCUGUUUUCUAUGUUUAUUUUGAAAUCACAGUGGCAAAGAAAAUGUUAACCCACUGAAUGAAUAAUGUACUUUAAUUACAUGUACUUUUAUCACAUGUACUGUAAACUUCUUUACUUUUAAAGAUGCAAAAUACUCAGAACGUUUGUGCAUUUGCAUUUUUCUUUGAAAAACUCUCAUCUAAGUCAAAAGUUGAGUAGAUGACAUUGUUUGAUUCAACCUCCAUACUGACAGAACAAACUAAAUAAAUUAUAGUUUGAUACAUUU